AUGUACGUGCAAGUGUAUAUGCGCUUAACCUGUCUUUCACACUAUCUUGUGGAUGGAAAAGAAAUUUUAAUGGAAGCUAAGAUAAGAGAUCCCGAUGUCAUGUCACGCUGGAAGGACUCGGUUAAUGCACUAUACACAAAAUGUCUUCAGUGUUUGUUGAGAGACACAAGGCUGAAGAUUACAGCUAAACAGGAUCUUCAGAUAAACUUGCUAAAGCAGGCUGUAGAAAUGUACAUUCAUCAUGGAAUCCAUGAUUUAAUAUUUAAAUUUGUUGGUACCAUUGAGGCUAAUAAGGACUCUACAUUUAAUAAAACAACAAGAAGUUUGCAAGAUCUUCAGCUUAAAGAUUUGGGUGUGAAAUCAGAAUAUAGUAUUAAUAUACCUCGUGCUAUACGUGAGUUACGUUGUCUUAAUCACGGCACCUCACCUCAGCAAAAGUUAUUCUGCUUAAGAAAAGUGAUCUUCACUAUAAUGCAGCCUUCAAGCCAAAGAGUUAACAUUGAAGGCAUGUGUGCAGAUGAUCUUCUGUCUGUUCUCUUAUAUUUACUGGUGAAAACGGAGCUACCAAAUUGGAUAGCAAAUCUUACCUAUAUGAAGAACUUUCACUUUUGUAACUUGGGAAAGGAUGACAUUGGUUACUGUCUUACUUCAUUUGAAGCAGCUGUGGAGUUCAUCAGUCAAGGCAAUCUUUCUCAUGGACACAAGGUUUCUGGAGCUAUUAAUGAGAAGGAAAUGUUCAAGCAAAAAAUUGAUCUGGUUUCUCAGCAUGCUGCUACCCCAGUUGCUGUCUUUUUUGAGCAUAUUGCUAAUGGCAGUGAUAAUGAAGUGGAAAAACUGCUGACUGAACAAGAAGUUGAGCUUCAGAACACAGACUCAUGUCAUCCACUUUGUUCCUGUGAAAAGUGUGUGAAACAUGUAUCACAGAGACUGAAUGAUCCAACAAUUGUUACUCCAUUUUCCCGAGAUAAUAAGGGUUACACUCCUCUUCAUAUUGCUUCUGUCUAUGGUCAGUCUUCAUUAGUUGACUUGUUGGUUUCAAAAGGGGCAGACAUAAAUGCCACCGACUAUCAUGCUUUGACUCCUCUCCAUUUGUCCUGCCAGAAAGGUUAUCAAAGUGUAACAUUGCUGCUGUUACAUUAUAAUGCAGACACUAACAUGCAAGAUAACAAUGGCAAUACUCCUUUGCAUCUUGCAUGCACAUAUGGACAUGAAGAUUGUGUCAAGGCACUGGUAUACUACAAUGUGUUCAGCUGUAGGUUAGAUAUUCAGAAUGACAAAGGAGACACCCCCCUUCACAUUGCUGCUCGUUGGGGUUAUGAGGGCAUCAUUGAAGUGCUGCUGGAAAAUGGGGCUAGCAUGAACAUUCAGAACAAAGCCAAGGAUACUCCUUUUCAGUGUGCACUGAACUCUAAGAUUUUAUCAUUGCUAGAUUUUCAGUGGACUGCUGUUAACAGACAGAGCACUAUUGAAUCUUUAAAUAGAUCAUCACAGACAUCAACAGAGAUCUGCAGCCAGACAGCCACUUUGUCAAGCAUGUCACCUUUAUUAACUAAUCUGUGGUGUGAGAAUAAGAAUGAAAAAUUCAAAGAGGUAGAUAAACUUUUGCGGGCCGUUGCAGAUGGUGAUACUGAGAUGGUACGUUAUCUGUUUGAAUGGACAGAUGAAGAGUCUGAAGGAGAUUUCAGAGAUCCUUUAAAGCUUGAAUUUUGUCAUCCAUUGUGUCAAUGCCCCAAAUGUGAACCAGCUCAACAGAAGGUGACCUACAACCAAAUAUGUGGCUUUGAAAUUAAUGUUAGCAACCAGGAUGGCUUCACUCCCCUCCAUGUAGCUGCACUUCAUGGAAGGGAAAAUUUAGUCUCGUUGUUAAUUGCCCAUGGUGCCAACAUCAAUAUAGAAAAUACACACGGUGCUACUUCUCUUCAUUUGGCCUGCCAAAAUGGUAACCUCCAGACUGUGAGGUACCUACUAGGAUGUAAUGCCAAGAUGAAUAAGAAGGACCAUUUUGGGAACACACCUUUGAUCCAUGCGGUCUUGCGAGGUGAUCAUGAUACAGUGAAGGUCUUGCUAGAGAGUGGAGCUUCACUGAAUAUCUCAAACAGUCAAGGAAAUACAGCAUUACACGAGGCUGCAAGAGCAAAUAACUCACUUUUGGUAGAGCUGUUGGUUAACUCUGGGGCAUCUGUAAAUGUUCGUAACAAACAUCAGUUUACUCCAUUGGAAUAUGCUGAGGAUACAAAUGAUAAAAAUGCAGAGGUUCUCAGAAUUCUCCAGAGAGCUACAGAAGGUAGAGAUGUUACUAGAACUGUAAAGCUGAAAUCAACUCAGAAACGAAAUGCAAUGGACAUUAAAUCAACUUCAUCAUUGAAGAACCAUAAAGAAUUCAAUGACCAUGGAAGAAGAUUUCCACAUGUGGAGCCAAGAACACAGCAUAUAAAGACAAUAAUUGCAAGAGACGAGAAUACACCAUGCUUUCUGUCAUCUGGGUUUCAUCAGUUACCAAAUAAAAUGUUUGACCAGAUGAAAAAUGAUGAAGCUCUCGUUCAAAGCAGACUCAUUACUGGCUGUUUUGAAGAAAAAGAAGGACAAAGAGAAGAAACCCCUAAUUCAUUCAAAAACAGUCAACAGUUUGCCCACGAUUUUUAAUGAUUCUGCAAAAGAACAUAAAACAAGGCAGAGUGAUAUUCAAGAUUGUACAUACAGGGCUAAUGUAACAGCAGACAUGUAGAACUGGAACAAAAAUCUCAAUAUUUUCCAUCUGUUUAAUAGUCAUAGUAAUUCCUAAAGUAUUUUCCAGUAAAUGAAUGAAAGAUUUUCUUUGUAGCUUACAGUCAUCUCACCUACAGAUGAUGCAGGGAGUGGAAAGUUGUCCUGAGACAUUUCAGCAAUAUUACACAGUACUGAUCAGGAAGUGUUUAGAAAUCCAAACCAGCAUGGAGUGAGGAGCUAUACAAUCAGCAAUACUCUGACAAAAGGAUGUUGUGAUUAAUUUGCACAGCCAUUGUAUUUUUUUUUUUGACUUUUGAAUUUCUUGUUGCUUUUGGCAUGUAGUAGGCAGUGAUUACUAACGCACUUUAAUGGAGACAUAUAAUUUAAGUCAAUAUUACAUAUUCUUUCUGCUUUAUAAAUGUGAUGCAGGUAAGUAAUUUUAAACAGUGAAGUGAACAUACAGUCCUGCGGUGGGUUGGCACCCUGCCCAGGAUUGGUUCCUGCCUUGUGCCCUGUGUUUGCUGGGAUUGGCUCCAGCAGACCCCCAUGACCCUGUGUUCGGAUUCAGCGGGUUGGAAAAUGGAUGGAUGGAUGGAAGUGAACAUACAAGAGAAUUUGGAAUGUCAUAAAAAUUCCACUUUUCAUAUUCUGAUGUUAUUACCUUAUUAUGAUCAUUAUAGUACAGUGGCCACUAUGCUUUAGAGAACUUAUACCAUGCUUUUCAGUUAUGUUUCACUUAAAUUUGAUGUUGUCAAUUAAAUAAAUUAAAUUCCAAUACCAUAUUUGUAAAUUAAACCUUUCAAAUUAUGGAGGGUAAAAAAGGGCAUACAGCAUAUUAUUUUAAUAUAUAU